GUGACGGACAGCUACUCCAUGGACGCCUUCUUCAUCACGGACGGGCGUUCGCGUCGGCGCAGCGAGAGCCAACGCCGCGGCAGCCACCGUCACUCCUGCCCCGAGUGCGGCAAGACCUACGCCACCUCCUCCAACCUCAGCCGGCACAAGCAGACCCACCGCAGCCUGGACAGCAAGAUGGCGAGGAAAUGCCCCACCUGCGGCAAGGCUUACGUCUCCAUGCCCGCCCUGGCCAUGCACGUCCUCACCCACAACCUCAAGCAC